AUGGCGCCGAGGUACUGUAGCAGGUGCGGACUGCGUGCGACCGAAGAUGACAAUUUCUGCAUCAACUGUGGGAAUCGCUUCAGAAGAGGUCACAUUUUGGUUAAAGACGUGGACUGCUCCCCAUACAUCCACCACACUGACAUCUCAGGUUUCCUGCACGACAAUUACGACCGCCUGGUGGACACGGAUCGCAGACUCCUACAGGAAGCCAUGACACUCGUCACCAGGGAGGAUUCGUGGGUUAUGAAGAACGCGCAGCUCACGGUGUACGGAAAGCUCAUGAAGGUGGUGUUCUUCUCCAAGGCGCGAACCAACAAGUACGUGGUGCACUUGACCGGGGAGGAUCGCCCAACCCAGCAGGUGGAGGAAAAGGGAUGGAAGCUGAAGGUGCGAGACGGCUUCAAGACGGCCUGGGGCUGGAUGAAAAAUGCAGCCGGCAAGGCACUGGGGGCUCUCUCAGGUGUGGCAAGGCUAGCAAUCGGAUGGUAAAAGGUAGCCAUUUUGAGGCCCUUGUGUCAGUGGGUUAUCAUCCACUGU